AGGACAUCGCAUGCUGAGAUUGCCGAGACUCGAGUGGCACGCACACGUGAGAUGCUGUUCGUUGUAACGCAACGCGCAAGUCACGCACCAUUAAGCAUUAAGCGCUGGGAGAUUAAAACCGGUUCGCAGGAAGCCAAAGUAGUUUUUUUCAACUUCUACCACCACUGCCCUUGCUUGCUUGUGCACCUCGUGCUAUAACUUCUUCUCUUCAUCUUGUUGCUCUCUUGUAUUCCCUUCUUGUAAUCUUCUCAAAUUAUCACGACUUUAAUGAACAGUCUCGAGGCGAUGUUGUCCGGAGCUGGCGUAGAGGAAGGUGGUCUUUCCGCUUUCGAUGGACUCAAUGAUCCACUAGAGAUCAACGAGGACAUUAUUAGAUCGAACUCUGAUGGUGAUGACCACCACUCAUUUGAUGCUCAUCAGGACCGGGAGGCCUUUCUUGCAAUCACAAGAGAUGCUAACGCGGAGGUCGUGGUGGAGGGUGAGGAUUCGAUUUGGCGAGACUUGGAACAUUUCGCUGCUACCGGAGAAUUCCCACAACACCUUAUCCAAGAAGGAUCUAACGACCAGCAAUCCGUGCGUACUGGCACUUCCGCCCCUGCACAUGUCGUAGACGACCACGACGCGUCCCGUUCGCAAUCACAGUCAGGGAUUCCCAAUCAGAUUGAAGUCAGCGACGAUUCCACAGACAGUCUCUUCGGCGACUCACCGGUCGCUGUGUCUCCUGAACUUGAAGCCGAUGCACCACUGGGCGAAUACCCUGCUUCAGCCGAGCCCAAUUCUAAUGAUCUCAAUGUUAACAUCGACGCGUUUUUGACUAUGAUGCAGUCCCACCAGAUGUCAAAUGGUCCUUCCUUGAACAUGGAGGAAGAACACUGCCCAAAUGGUUCAGUUCAUAUGGGUGGUCAGCAGGUUAUGAACGAGCCUCAUACUAUCCCUGAGCUCAGGUUUAGUCCAACAAACACCCCACCCGAACCCUUCCCUAUCACGCCUCCGGGUGCUGUCACUCGGACUGGGUUUGCGAACGACUCUAUUCUACAAGGUUACCAACCGUUUACAGCAAAUACGAGGCGAGGUGAAAAACGCAAGAGGCUUGAAGAAGAAUUCAUGCCUACCUCUAAUCAUAAUCACGAUGAUGGUGAUCUGCAUGGCAUGGGGUCGUCGAUUAUGCAUGGAUCGCACAAUGCAACAGCUCUCGCUCUGCCUUCUCACUUCACUCCAGGCUCCUUUGGAAGCGCUGACUCCGGCUCUGGCAUCUUUCACUCUUCUGGACUGGCUCCAACUUUCCCCUUCACAAACUUCGGAGCUUCUAACGUCGCUCCUCAGACCUCAGUUCAGCAAGCACCGCCGCUGAACAAACUCCCCCUCUAUCCUAAUGUCUUUUUACCUUACUCCCACAACUCUUCGUCGAUUCACCCCUCGACCUCCUCGCAACAGCAUCAAAAUUGUUCUAUGUCUGUUCUAUUUCCCGGGCAUCAAUUUGGGAUGUAUGGUAUACCCCAUGGACCUGCCGGACUCAUGUCAGGUCCAAACCCCCAACCUCCUGUUGUCCCUCAGCCUCCUGGGCAGUAUAAUACACACACUGGCGCGAUGAAUCUGGGAGGUCUUGCUGGGAGAACUCAAUCUUCUGGCUCGCAGCAUCAAAAAUACAUGGAGAAUCAAGCUGAGCUACAUCCUGUUGCUUUCAGCCAAAAAGCUACAGAACCUACAUCCGGCCCCGAACUCCAGAUCUACUUCGAAGACGGCAGUGGGAAACGAACCACUCGGAAUCCGCUCAAACGCAGUCCAUAUAUAAAAAUGAAAAAGUCAGAAAUUCCGCCGUAUGUCGUUUGUCGCUGGAAGGAUUUUCCAGAAUCUGCGGAAUGCGGUCAGCACAUCACGUUCGAAGAUCGAACCCGCCAUUUCGACAACUUGCACCAAAUAUCUGCCAAGGAGUGCAAAUGGGUCGGAUGCGAAAAAUCUGUUGGAGGGUCUCGUUUGGCAAAACACUUUAACGCGCAACACCACCCCUAUUGCCGAUAUUACUGUGAUUCCUGUGAUCUGGGCUUCCAAGAGGAAAAAGGAUGUCAAAAUCAUAGGUCACAAUGUCGUGCAAAGCUUCAGACUGAAACGAGUUCGGGUUUCACAGUCGUGGAACCUUCCCAACAAACCGGCGACAAUGAAGAGGAAUCUUUUCCGAAUAAAAGACGUCGCUUCUAAACAAAUUCGCAGGCAAUGCGUAUCAUGAAUCAACCAUUUCA